GUGGUUUAAAUAGGCCUAGAUCUACGUCUCUAAGUCUAAAUCGUGACCUAUUUUUUUUUUAUACUAUACCAUCAUAGUGAGGACUUUUAUUAAUAUUUACUGGACUGAAACGCAUAUUUAAAGUAUUCGUCAUUAAUUCUUUAUUGAAACGUGCCACUUUAUUAUUUAUUUUUUUAUUGUUGGAUUUAAAAUCUAGAUUAAUACUUUACUUUUUAAAAAAUGAAUGUGUGAACUACAGACCGAGAUAUUUAUUGUAUAUAAAUGUAGACAAGGGAGAGAAACACACAACUCUUUUCUAUUUUGCUUGCAUGUAAGGCCAGUUCGUGGCCUUUCUCUCCUCCUUGCAAACGAGCCGUCGAGAGUCAGCGGCCUUAGUGAUACCAGCUAGAGAAUUGAUAGACUUACUAGUAGUACUCAGUUUAUCUACCGAUUUGCUUUGCUGGCGACAGAUUAAAGCAGAAAUUUAGAUCUAGAUCUUUAUUAGAUCUAUUUCACCAUGGCUUCUACGUGGAUUCAAGACAUUAUUAGUUUUGUGUUGAGUGACGAGAAAAGAACUAUUGAAUACGUGUCUUAUAUUUUUAUUUUCUGGGGCCUGAGUGUAUGCGUUCUACUGAUGUCAAUGACCGCCCCUUACGGCCGGUAUUCAAGGCCUGGUUGGGGCAUUUUACUACCCGGCAAAAUUGCCUGGUUUAUUCAAGAACUACCCUGCUGUGUUGUUCCAUUAUUAAUUUAUUAUUAUGCGGACUGUCCAAAAGCAGGAGUUUUAAUGAAUAGGUUUUCACUUGGAUUAUUUUUGUUUCACUACUUUCACAGAACUUUCUUAUUUCCAUUUUUGAUAAGGGGAGGUAAGCCUACACCCCUCUUUCCCUUUGUGAUGGCAUUCAUGUUUUGCACAAUAAAUGGCUAUGUUCAGACUCGUUACAUUUUAAAGUACGCUGACUUAACAGUGACCCAGAGCUCACUGAACAGAAUUAUCAUAGGAACUGCUAUCUUCUUCAUAGGAAUGGGUAUCAACCUUCAUUCUGAUCACAUAUUAAGAAACCUUCGCAAGCCUGGGGAAAAAGGCUACAAAAUUCCUUAUGGUGGUAUGUUCCAGUAUAUUUCUGGAGCCAACUUCUUUGGAGAGAUUGUUGAAUGGUUUGGUUUUGCUGUUCUGAACUGGUCAUUGCCUGCAGCAGCUUUUUCUUUGUUCACAAUCUGCAACAUUGCACCCAGGGCAAUUCAGCAUCACAGGUGGUAUCAAGGAAAGUUUAAAGAGUAUCCCAAGAACAGAAAAGCCAUCAUUCCAUUUUUGUUUUGAGCAAGUCUUUUUCUGCUGAUACAAAAAAUCAUGUUAUUUAAUUUUGAAAAAGAUUGUUACCCCCCCCCCCCCCCACCCAAUAAUUUGGAAUAAAAUUAAAUGAUGCCAAUUUUGUCAUUAACAGUAGAACAUUGAUGGUUCAAAAUAGUCACUUCUUUGGACUCUUUUUUUUAAUUGCUUUUAAAGGCAAAGUCUCAAUCAAAUGAAUUUCAAUUGAAAGCAUUCAACAAGUUCAGAGAAUGAGAGUGAAGUUAGUCAUCAGAUAGUAUAAGACACUUUUACUUUCAUAAAACAAGUCUGACACUAGUGGUUCAGUCAUGGCAAGAUGGACUAACAUGAAAGUCUGACACUAGUGGUUCAGUCAUGGCAAGAUGCACUAACAUGAACGUCUGACACUAGUGGUUCAGUCAUGGCAAGAUGCAGGACUAACAUGAAAGUCUGACACUAGUGGUUCAGUCAUGGCAAGAUGCACUAACAUGAACGUCUGACACUAGUGGUUCAGUCAUGGCAAGAUGCACUAACAUGAACGUCUGACACUAGUGGUUCAGUCAUGGCAAGAUGCACUAACAUGAAAGUCUGACACUAGUGGCUCAGUCAUGGCAAGAUGCACUAAUAUGAAAGUCUGACACUAGUGGUUCAGUCAUGGCAAGAUGCAGGACUAACAUGAAAGUCUGACACUAGUGGUUCAGUCAUGGCAAGAUGCAGGACUAACAUGAAAGUCUGACACUUUGAAAGAGAUUUUAGGAUUAGAUCAAAGAACAUACACACAUGGUUUGAUUGUAUGGAGAUAGAAGACCAGCUCAAUGCUUUACACCCACAUUAUCAGUAGGCCUACAGACACACAUAAAUGAGGAUAAAUUCUUAUGGUCUUCCUAGUCCUAUUGAGCAGAUAAAGAUCUUAACAAGUUGUUGCCUUUGGUGGGGUCAGCUAGGUGUGAUUUGUUCAGUCAAGUGUGAAAUAUGCAAAUAGUCAGUGUGUAGAUAACUUCAUGCUUUUGCCUUGAGCAAUAAAAAAAAAGUAGGUUGCUUUGCUUGUAAAAAGAUCAUUCCCUUGAUUUUCAUUAACUCCUAAUCUUAAAAGGAAGCGUAAUUAACUAAGACAAAGCAAUAAAAUAGGACUUUGAAUAAAAAGAAAGGAAAAAAAAAUUUUAGGCAAAGAUUUUAUUCAAUACCAUAUUUGUUCAAUCAAUGUUCUACUCUAGCUAAAUCAGAGGCAAACCAUCUCUCAAAGCUGAUAUUUGUACACACACAUCUUCUAUGGCAUUUUUAGAACUAUUUAUUUAUAACCUUUACAAAGGGAGAUUAUUUUAGAAGGUGUUUGUGCAGAGAACAUGUUUGCUUAAUCCUAACAACUUCUUUGCUUGUUGUACUGGUGUAGUUCUAUUGUAUAGAUUGUAAUAUUGUUUUAGAAGAAAUAAUAAACAAAAGCAUAAUGGUUGAUGGAUGUACAAAAUAUUGGAGGGGUAUAACUUAUGGAAAUGCAUUUGUAAACUUUCCAUGAUAACUUCUGGAAAGUAGUUUUGAACAUACAAAUUAAACAACGCAUAUUGACCCACAGUGUAUGCAAUGUAUAUAGGCACACAGUCUAGGUAAUGUACAUAAACAUGCUGACUAGACAUUCUAAAUGGACACAUUGCUAGGCAGUACAACUAGUCACCUAGAGAUAUUUUCUAUCUCUGUUCCAUUGCUUGUCCUAUUUCCAUUUUAUAUUGAGGCACCUACAUAUUUUUUCUUGGAAAAAGUAGAAUAUAUUGGACUUGACCCAAUGUGCAUCAAAGAAGCAAAUGAAAUGUCUCACACUAUUUAUUGAUAUUGCAUUGAACACAAGUCAAGUCCUUCUAAUUCAUUGAAUGUUUCUAACCAUUUGUUGUUACCCCAAGCUGGGCUAAAAUACAUUUGCUAAAAUUACAUCUAAAUGAUUAUUUCAUUAUAUUAAUAUUUCUGUAAACUGUGAACAAAAAUUACAUUUGGAUCAUUUCCUGGACAAAUGAUUUGUAGCAGUGUUCAUCUUGAGAAAGAGAAAGCAGCAUUUAGACAAAGAGAAGCUGACUCUUUGUGCUGCAUCUAGACAAAGAGAAACUGACUCUUUGUGCUGCAUCUAGACAAAGAGAAACUGACUCUUUGUGCUGCUUUGCUUUUACUAUCUUGACAUUUUCUUGACAUGCUCAUGAGACAUUGUUUUUAUCUUCAUGAGACAUUGUUUUUAUCUUCAUGAGACUUUGUUCUUACUUUCAUGAGACUUUGUUCUUACUUUCAUGAGACUGUUCUUAUUUUCAUGAGACUGUUUUUCUUAUGUUCAUGAGACUUUGUUUUUAUCUUCAUGAGACUUUGUUUUUAUCUUUAUGAGACUUUGUUCUUAUUUUCAUGAGACUGUGUUUCUUACUUUCAUGAGACUGUGUUUCUUACUUUCAUGAGACUGUGUUUCUUACUUUCAUGAGACUGUGUUUCUUAUGUUCAUGAGACUGUGUUUCUUAUGUUCAUGAGACUGUGUUUCUUAUGUUCAUGAGACUGUGUUUCUUACUUUCAUGAGACUGUGUUUCUUAUGUUCAUGAGACUGUGUUUCUUAUGUUCAUGAGACUGUGUUCUUACCUCUUAAACCCUAUUUAUUUGUGAACAUUCCUUCACACUGUAAAAUAUUUGAUGUUCAAUAUUUGUAGUCAAUGGACUUCUCUCAUCUACUAUCCUAUCUAGUGUAUCAACAAUGGAAUCCUCACAUCUACUAUAUCAAUAAACUGAACCAUUUUUGAACUGCUCCUGACAUCCAGGAUUUGUUAUAGAUUGUUAACUCUCAAACUAAGGCAAAAGAAAAAAAAACAAACUACAAAUGCCUUCUUAAACGUUCUAAACCUCAUUGACAGAACACAAAUAUAUUCAAAGCCAGCCCCAAAACAUUUAACACUUAAUAGGCUUAUAUUUGGGAAACUUUCAUUCCAUUCAUUUUCAUCUUCUCACAACUUGAUUGCUAAGAAUCCUACUUCCUUGUCCUUAAUUUUUUUUGUACUUAAUGAAUGGAGUUUAUUGUUGUCCAACUUUGGACUUUCCCUACAUUACAAACCUUUUGUUUUGGGCUGGGAUUGAAAGUUGUCAAGAUGUUUGUUGUGUGUACACUAGAUUGGUUACAAUGAAUGUAAAUACAGUAUCAGUUCAUUAUCUCAACUGUUUAUGUUUUUGUUUGGUUUUAGAAUGAAGACAAUUUUUUAGAGUUAAUUUGCUAUACUCUGUAUUGUCAAAUAGUUGGCAUAUUUCUUCAUUUGAGCAUUUAGUUUAUUAUUUGAGAAACCAGAGUAACAGACUUUACAAAUAGAAUUCAGGUCAUGAGGUAUUUAUGUAGGAUGAAAGGUAUUGUAGAUACAACAGUCAUCAACUCUUGAUUCUAUCUUGGUUCUACAGUUUUGCAGGUGCCACCUCUGUCACAUAGGGACUGUCACUAUAGGGUACCACCUCUGUCACACACUAUCACUAACUUAAAUUCUCAAGAAUAGGUGCAACCACAAUUCAGUAGCAUCAAUAUCUUCCACUUUCCUAGCUAUGGCUUUCUCAUCACAUCCUAAGGUUCCCUAAUUGCUGUAUACAAAAACUUUUCUUUACUAGCUUUUCCACUGAUUAUUAUAAGUUCUUUACUAUUCCUCUUGACUUCUUCAUUCUGAUAAAGCAGAGCAAAUGUCUCUCUGUAUUCACUUGAUAUUGAUGGGCAGAAAUCAUUCUUUCUUAUUAAGAUAUUUUGAUCAACUCAAAUGUGAAUUGUCAGGCUUAUACAGGGUUGUAGCAUUAUCAUAACCUAGUUUUAGGCUAGGGUGUAUUUAAUCCUCCAUUUUGAAAGAGACAUGCAAGAUAAACGUUUCCUACAUUUCAAUAUUGUCCUUCUUAUUGUGUCAUCACACAGGCAGUAUUAGAUUUUUUUUAGGUUGUCAUUUCUUUAUUUUAUAGAAUUAGUAUAGUUCUUUUAAUUAUGUGCAUAACUGAUUUCAUUUUCUGUGUUCACCAUUGGACAGUAAUACAGGAAAAUUAAAAUUAAUUGAAAUUUGAUAUUGAUUUACCAGAACCUAUAUAAUAUUAAAGUUUCCUGGUUGUUGAUCAUUUGAUAGCAGAGGUUUUACUAAGUGACUUGAAAGCAGAACUUUUACUAAGUGACUUGAAAGCAGAACUUUUACUAAGUGACUUGAUAGCAGAACUUUUACUAAGUGACUUGAUAGCAGAACUUUUACUAAGUGACUUGAUAGCAGAACUUUUACUAAGUGACUCGAUAGCAGAACUUUUACUAAGUGACUUGAUAGCAGAACUUUUACUAAGUGACUUGAUAGCAAAACUUUUACUAAGAGACUUGAUAGCAGAAUUUUUACUAAGUGACUUGAAAGCAGAACUUUUACUAAGUGACUUGAUAGCAGAAUUUUUACUAAGUGACUUGAUAGCAGAACUUUUACUAAGUGACUUGAUAGCAGAACUUUUACUAAGAGACUUGAUAGCAGAAUUUUUACUAAGUGACUUGAAAGCAGAACUUUUACUAAGAGACUUGAUAGCAGAGCUUUUACUAAGAGACUUGAUAGCAGAAUUUUUACUAAGUGACUUGAUAGCAGAACUUUUACUAAGUGACUUGAUAGCAGAACUUUUACUAAGAGACUUGAUAGCAGAAUUUUUACUAAGUGACUUGAAAGCAGAACUUUUACUAAGUGACUUGAUAGCAGAACUUUUACUAAGAGACUUGAUAGCAGAAUUUUUACUAAGUGACUUGAAAGCAUAACUUUUUCUAAGAGACUUGAUAGCAGAACUUUUACUAAGUGACUUGAUAGCAGAACUUUUACUAAGUGACUUGAUAGCAGAAUUUUUACUAAGUGACUUGAAAGCAGAACUUUUACUAAGUGACUUGAUAGCAGAAUUUUUACUAAGUGACUUGAUAGCAGAACUUUUACUACGUGACUUGAUAGCAGAACUUUUACUAAGAGACUUGAUAGCAGAAUUUUUACUAAGUGACUUGAAAGCAGAACUUUUACUAAGAGACUUGAUAGCAGAGCUUUUACUAAGAGACUUGAUAGCAGAAUUUUUACUAAGUGACUUGAUAGCAGAACUUUUACUAAGUGACUUGAUAGCAGAACUUUUACUAAGAGACUUGAUAGCAGAAUUUUUACUAAGUGACUUGAAAGCAGAACUUUUACUAAGUGACUUGAUAGCAGAACUUUUACUAAGAGACUUGAUAGCAGAAUUUUUACUAAGAGACUUGAUAGCAGAGGUUUUACUAAGUGACUUGAUAGCAGAACUUUUACUAAGAGACUUGAUAGCAGAAUUUUUUCAUAAGUGACUUGAUAGCAUAACUUUUACUAAGUGACUUGAUAGCAGAACUUUUACUAAGAGACUUGAUAGCAGAAUUUUUACUAAGUGACUUGAAAGCAGAACUUUUACUAAGAGACUUGAUAGCAGAGCUUUUACUAAGAGACUUGAUAGCAGAAUUUUUACUAAGUGACUUGAUAGCAGAACUUUUACUAAGUGACUUGAUAGCAGAACUUUUACUAAGAGACUUGAUAGCAGAAUUUUUACUAAGUGACUUGAAAGCAGAACUUUUACUAAGUGACUUGAUAGCAGAACUUUUACUAAGAGACUUGAUAGCAGAAUUUUUACUAAGUGACUUGAAAGCAUAACUUUUUCUAAGAGACUUGAUAGCAGAACUUUUACUAAGUGACUUGAUAGCAGAACUUUUACUAAGUGACUUGAUAGCAGAAUUUUUACUAAGUGACUUGAAAGCAGAACUUUUACUAAGUGACUUGAUAGCAGAAUUUUUACUAAGUGACUUGAUAGCAGAACUUUUACUACGUGACUUGAUAGCAGAACUUUUACUAAGAGACUUGAUAGCAGAAUUUUUACUAAGUGACUUGAAAGCAGAACUUUUACUAAGAGACUUGAUAGCAGAGCUUUUACUAAGAGACUUGAUAGCAGAAUUUUUACUAAGUGACUUGAUAGCAGAACUUUUACUAAGUGACUUGAUAGCAGAACUUUUACUAAGAGACUUGAUAGCAGAAUUUUUACUAAUAGACUUGAUAGCAGAGGUUUUACUAAGUGACUUGAUAGCAGAACUUUUACUAAGAGACUUGAUAGCAGAGGUUUUACUAAGUGACUUGAUAGCAGAGGUUUUACUAAGUGACUUGAUAGCAGAACUUUUACUAAGAGACUUGAUAGCAGAAUUUUUACUAAGUGACUUGAAAGCAGAACUUUUACUAAGUGACUUGAUAGCAGAACUUUUACUAAGAGACUUGAUAGCAGAAUUUUUACUAAGUGACUUGAAAGCAUAACUUUUUCUAAGAGACUUGAUAGCAGAACUUUUACUAAGUGACUUGAUAGCAGAACUUUUACUAAGUGACUUGAUAGCAGAAUUUUUACUAAGUGACUUGAAAGCAGAACUUUUACUAAGUGACUUGAUAGCAGAAUUUUUACUAAGUGACUUGAUAGCAGAACUUUUACUACGUGACUUGAUAGCAGAACUUUUACUAAGAGACUUGAUAGCAGAAUUUUUACUAAGUGACUUGAAAGCAGAACUUUUACUAAGAGACUUGAUAGCAGAGCUUUUACUAAGAGACUUGAUAGCAGAAUUUUUACUAAGUGACUUGAUAGCAGAACUUUUACUAAGUGACUUGAUAGCAGAACUUUUACUAAGAGACUUGAUAGCAGAAUUUUUACUAAGAGACUUGAUAGCAGAGGUUUUACUAAGUGACUUGAUAGCAGAACUUUUACUAAGAGACUUGAUAGCAGAGGUUUUACUAAGUGACUUGAUAGCAGAGGUUUUACUAAGUGACUUGAUAGCAGAACUUUUACUAAGAGACUUGAUAGCAGAACUUUUACUAAGUGACUUGAUAGCAGAACUUUUACUAAGUGACUUGAAAGCAGAACUUUUACUAAGAGACUUGAUAGCAGAGGUUUUACUAAGUGACUUGAUAGAAUAGGUUUUACUAAGAGACUUGAUAGCAGAAUUUUUACUAAGAGACUUGAUAGCAGAGCUAUUACUAAGAGACUUGAUAGCAGAGCUAUUACAAAGGGACAUUUUGUGUGAUGCUGAUGGAAACACAAAUAUUUGUCAAUGGAUACUCAAAAAACAAACAAUGUUGUUUACUUGUUGGUUGUCUAAAAGUUAAAGGUAGUCUAAAGGUUAAAUAUAGGUUAAGUGUAGGUUAAAGUUAAAGAUAGCCUAAAGGUUAAAUAUAGGUUAAAAAGAGCCUAAUGAUUAAAGACAGUCAAAAGGUUAAAGAUACUCUGUAGUCUAAAGUUGGGAUAAAAGUUCAAGUUACAGAUUGUGAUGAAGAAAAUAGUUUGUUAUGUUUUACCCCCCACUAUUUUUGUUCCUGACUGCAUUUAGAAAUGUGAAGUGGUCAUACCUGAAGCUCUGUAGUUUGAAUCUCGCUUGUCAUGAAUUUUCAAAUCAUCAAUGUCAUAUAUUUACCUCUAGUCCAUUGCAUGGAACAAAACCUUUAAAGAGACACAUCAAUUUGAACUUUUUAAAUAUUUGAUGUACAUUUUAAGCUUUUCAUUGAAUUAUUAUGUAGUAUAUAUAUAUAUAUAUAUUUAUAUAUAUAUAUAUAUAUAUAUAUAUACUAUAAUUUAUUCAGUUUUCAUUAAAAAAAUUGUUAAAAAUUCAUGCAAAAAAAUUAUCUUUAUGUAGAUUUUCAUUCAAAUAAUUUAAAUUUAUUACAUUGCUACAUACAUUGAUGGGUAUUUGUAAUUACUAUACAAAAAUUCCCAUGACUGAGUACAUUUUUAAUGUGGAGGUGGGGGGGGGGGGGAGGAGGCCAUGACCUUACAGUGUAUCACAUCAUCUCAUAGUGACUUUAUAGCUAGGUCACUAACUUGGAUCUCAUCUUGACUUGGUGGAGCAUUGACUUGAACAUUGAUCUACUAGAACUUUUGUUUUAUGUUUGAAUAUUCUUAGACUGAACAAUUUAUCUCCACCUUUACUUUUUGUUGGACUAAAAAUUUUUUAAAUCUUUUCUUGAAAGAUCCUGACACCUCAUUGAUGUACACAAUUUUAAUCUGCAGACUCUCUUUUCAUAACCAUUUCUGGGGGGAGUAGAAGUUUGUAUUUAGUGAGAAAGCAUUGAGAAUGUUGAAGGUAUUGAGAAUGUGAAGGUAUUGAGAAUGUGAAGGUAUUGAGAAUGUGAAGGUAUUGAGAAUGUGAAGGUAUUGAGAAUGUGAAGGUAUUGAGAAUGUUGAAGGUAUUGAGAAUGUGAAGGUAUUGAGAAUGUGAAGGUAUUGAGAAUGUGAAGGUAUCUCCUGACAUAAAUUCAAGUUAUAUUACUUUAAUCAGUGUAUGUGGAAACUUUCCCAAGAAACAUAGUUGAUGUAAAUUAUGACCCUGAACUCUAAAAGGUCAUGCUAUAAAAAAGUGUGUGCUCAUUAGAUCUCUGUGUAUUAAAAGAACACUUGGGUGUACUGUAGUUUGGCUUUGUAAUAACUGAUCUGUUCAUUUCUUGCUAAUAUCUGUGAUUAGUCUUGAAAUAAUAGAUCCAUUGUCUAUGAAAUGUGUAAAACUAAACACUAUUCAAUUAUAUGAAAUUAAAUGUAAACAAUUACAAUUUUAAUAGUUAAUGUUUUAAUUGUAAAUAAGGAAGACAAUGCGAGGGGGUGUGUUCAAAUUUAAACCAAAAGGGAGGUUAUGAUAUAAUUAUACAAGGAAAAAAAAAAUAGCAAUAAAAAUAACAAGGUUACAAAGACAGUUUGUGUGGAGACACAAACUCAAAAUCGGCCCCCGAAGUGGUCCACCCAAUCAGAUAAAAAGACAGGUUUCAAUAUUUUCAGAAAGAACAUCAGAAUGAAAUUCUAUCAAAGACAAACGACAGAGCAUAUUGGAGAAAGAAGAUUGACAAAUCUUGUGGGUGCCCCAGCGGUCCAGAGACCAAAGGAUAGGUGAAAAUGAAGUUAGAUGUGAAUCUGGCCUAACUAAAAAUGUUUUAUAAUGAAUAAUUGCUCUAAUUGUUUUGUAAAGGGACAAUAUCUUAUUCCUUAAGAAAAAAAACAUUCCUUUGGUUCAGUGUUCUAUUAUCAAUGUGCUAUGAUAGAGUUCACGCGAUAAUAUGAAAAACUACUUAUUAAUUGUUGUUUUAAAAUAUCUUAGAUUUUUUCUCUUUAAAAAAAGGAAACAAUUUUUUGUGUAAAUGUAGUAAUUAGUAUGACAGAACUUAUUUAACUUGGCAAUACAAAUGUAAAAAAAAAUCUAAAAUCGUUUGCAUAAAUGUGUUAAAAAUAUGGUAAAUGGUCAUUUCCCCUUCUAAGGAGCCUCCCGUGUUUGAUACUAUCAAUAGUGAACACGUGUAAAGUGGUGUAUUUUUAUGAAAAAAACUGCUUGCAUAAGUGAUUUAAAAAAUUAGAUUUUUCGCUUUCAGAAAAGAAAAAAGUAGCUGCUACAUGUUAGACACCUUAUUUAUAUAGAUUAGUUAUUUAGCGACGCACCAUAGAAGUCUCAUAUUGAACGGGACUAGUGACGUUUGGGAUAUGUUGGGUUAGAGACCGGAAAAUCAGUUAGCGAUAUAAUCCUCUAGGGUAACGACGUGUUUAGUGACAGAGACUUUUACUGUGGCCUUUUCUUAGAAUAAAUACAUGUUACACUGUU